UCUUCAAAGUAAUUUUAGUUCCUUUAGAGCUCGUACUGCAACUGUCAUUGCUUUACAUGCAGUGAAACCGGCCAGCUGCCUGCCUUCUGCUGUUGAUGCCAUGUGAGGGUCUGUUGAAGGGGCCCUAAACAUCACUGCGUUGCAGGAGGUGGAUUGUGCAGAAGUCGGGAUCUCCCGUUCUUGUUCCUCCAGAGCUGAGCAGCAAUGAGCAGUGAGCAACUGGGGCUUCUGGGGAAUUCCCUGUUCUGUAGUGGAGUUUGUGACUGUGGAGGAAAAUUGCCUUGAAGCAGUCGCCUUCAUGCAUUGUCUUUUAGUUGUGUUUCAUACUAAAAAAGAACAAGCUGGUUCAUUUAAAGACAACCCUUCCGAAUACACUUUGUAGACAACGUUGUAACAUGGCACAGAGACUUGGAGAUGCUGCAUUCCAGCAAGUCUUACCUACAGAGGCAAUCAGGUGGAGGAGAUGAACCCCAGCAGGCACUGUGGAAAGAAAGAAGACAGCUCAGUCUUCACCAGAGGAUGAUGCCUACACAAGAAGAGGAUACCACUCCUGGUGCCAUGGGAGGAGAUGUGACCAGAGCUGGUGCCGCCGGUCACCCUGGCAGUGGGGGUUUCUCUCCCCCGAGCUUCCCUCUGGGCUGGAAGCCAGCCCUCACUGGUCCUGUUGCUCACACAAUUGCUUUUCUUCUUGAAGCCCUUACCAGUGUUAGGCAUAAAAGAGAAAACAGGUGUGUGGAAGUCUUUUACAUUUACUUCCGUGCUGGCAGAGUUGAAGAGCCCUAUGUCAGCAUCACGAAGAAGAGGCAGAUGCCCAAGGAUGGGUACUCGGAAGAAAUUGAGAAGGAAGUGGGUCAGGCUGGCCAGGCGUUCCUCGGCUCAGCGCCCCAGCUCACGCUCCAGCUGUACAUCUGUGUCCUGCAGCAGGAGAUCACGGCUGCCAGAAGUAUUUUUAUGGUCCUUUCUCUCCUGUCAAUUGUAUAUGGCGCCUUACGCUGCAACAUACUGGCUAUUAAGAUUAAGUAUGAUGAUUAUGAUGUCAGCGUGAAACCAGCUGCCUACCUCUGCAUAUUCAUGUGGAGAAGCUUUGAGAUCGCUACGCGGGUUACGGUGUUGGUCCUUUUCAGUUCAGUCCUUCAGAUCUGGAUUCUCCCCGUUGUGCUAGUGAAUUUCUUUGGUUUUUUCUUCUACCCGUGGAUUCUCUUCUGGCAAAGCAAGUCCCCGUUUCCCGAAAACAUAGAGAAGGCGUUGAGCAGGGUUGGCACUACCAUUGUCUUGUGCCUUCUCACCUUCUUGUAUGCCGGCAUUAACAUGUUCUGCUGGUCAGCAGUGCAGGUGAAGCUCAAUGAUCCUGACUUAAUUAACAAAUCUCAAAAUUGGUACCGACUGACUGUGUAUUACAUGCUGCGAUUCAUUGAGAAUGCAUUCCUCCUGCUGAUGUGGUACAUCUAUAAAACUGAUAUCUACCUGUAUGUCUGUGCCCCGCUGUUGGUCUUGCAGCUCCUCAUAGGUUACUGCAUGGCUGUCCUCUUCAUGUUGGUGUUCUACCAGUUCUGCCACCCGUGCAAAAAGCUUUUCUCAUCCAGCAUUUCCGAAGGUUUGCUGUCCUGUUUCAAGUUCCUUUGCUUUAUUUGCAAGCCUCCCAAAUCCAACGCACUUAUGGACAAGGCAGAGGCGAAAUCUGAAAAUACUGAUGAAGCACGGAGCAGUAGCAAGACAAUAGAUUCUCAGAAGGGGAAUCCUCAUCAAAGCGUUUCUUCCAAUGCCUAGUACAACCGGAAGGAAGUAGGUGCCUUUGGAAGGUGGCAGAUCACCUGCUGGGAACGUUGUGUAUCUUGGACAUUGUGUCUUGUGGAUGGGAUUUCUUUAUUGCAGGUGUAGCACUGCAUGACGACUGACAAGCCUACCUUUGCAGAAAACUUAUUGUAUGAGUACGUGUACCUGUGUGUGUUUGUGUAUGGGCAUAGAGAGCAAUCACUGUUUGUAGACUUCUGUUUCUGAGUUUUUUGCACAUAGGUUUAUUAUCACAUGCUUAUUUUGAAAUCGUUAUAGGAGACAUCCUUCGAAAACUGGCUGAUGCUCAUCUUACUCAGGAAAUCUGAGGAUGGAAGGAAAUGCAUUUUAUUUCGGAUAGGAUGUCAUUAUGGCAUGCCACCCUAGCAUGGAAACAGAGCAUAGUCCUUGGCUACAUAUUGACAGUAGCCGUGGUCUGCUUUGAUCAAAUUGCAGACUUUUUUUACGCUCUAAUCAGUGUAAUAAGGUAAUACUUCUCUCUGUGGUAUAAGAGUGGGACUUUUACAAUGCACUGUAGUCUAGGUUGCCAAGAAACGGCCAAUUAGCCAGCACUCAUACUGAAAUGAGACUGUUACUGAGAACGGACAGAGGGGUUAUUGGCUUUGCACUGUUUUACUCUUCAUAUCUGCUGCUUGUUAGUAAGGGAAUUAAAUUUAACACAUUAAUUGCAGUGUUCUGCAAUAGCUCAUUUCUCUGACAUUAUCAUUUAUCUAAUACUUUGUGUGUGAUGUUUUGGCAUUAGGACGGUGUUUACUUUUAUGUAACUUUAAAUAUCUAGAAGUUGGGCAGAUAGCGUGAGCUAGUCAUGUAGGUGCGCUCUAGAGCACAUCUCCAGGGAGUAAGUCAACCCAUCUUAAAAUGUUCUCUAAGUCAGGGGAUAUGAAUCAUUCUCUGGAGACCCUGUUACUCAGUGUUAACCAGAUGCCUUGACAAUUAGUUUUGACUAUGUGUCUCACUUUUAGGUGGCUGAAGUUGAGACAAGCACUACCCUGAUUGUCAGGGGGUGGGUAGUACGCCAAGCAGGCAGCUCAGUGACUUGUUACUGGGGGACAGAAGACACUGAGUCCUUCUUUUUGAGGCUGUGAUAUGUUAUUGUUAGUUUAAUAUCAGUAGUUCAAAACCCUCUGACUUCUUUACCUCAGAAGUAUCACAGGCUUGAAAUCUGAAAGAGGAAAUGGAAGUUGUUGACUUUUUCUUCUAUGCACUGUAUCACCACAAAUAAAAGUGCUUCUGUAUUUUGCAAGUUGCUGAGAAAGCUUUAGCAGAUGAACACCCAAGCAUUUAGUAGAAAUACAUAAAGCCAACUGUGUUUUCAAAAAUUAAGUGAAAGCUUUUUGCACUUUGUUUGCUUAGCACCUUGCAUUUCUUCUGAGUAUUACAUAUUGUGGCUGCUAGUGGAAACAAAUAAUUUAUGACCCAAAGCAUUCCUAGUAUCCUAAGCUUAGCCUCCGUUCUAUCGUCAUGGAGGAUGUGAAGUUCUUCAGUAGGAAAGACAUCAGCAUCAUUGCAUUAGAAGUGUCUUAAGUUUGGGUCUGAGGUCAUUUAUAAUGAAAUAUGUCACAUGCAAUACUGUGAAAACCUAAGCUGGUUUUAUUUUUCUUACUGCACUGUAAAUGAAUGUCUUCAUACUUCAGUUUUAUAAUGGAGUUAUGUUCUUUUUAUUUUGCUUAAUAUGUGUCUGUGUGUGGUAUCUGUAUGCAAAUCUCAUUAAAUUAUUGGUGGGCGGUAAUGGGAGAUUUUGGCCUGAGCUUGCUGAUGUACCUCAUGUAUCUGGAGAAGACACCAAACAUCUUUUUUCUGAUUUCUCUAUCUGAGGAGCAUAGAAAAGUGAAGUGACUCCUUAAAGACACUAAAGUAUUUCUCUGUACUUCUGUGUGUAGAAGUAUGGUAUAGUAUCUCUCUGUACUUUUCUAGAUGUAGAAGAGUAUUUGAGGAUUUGAUUUUUUGGGGGUUUUUGUUUUUUUUUUUUCAGUAAGGAGUUAAAGGAACAAGUGAGAAUGUAACCCUUGCUUCCAAACCUGCAGAGUUCAGCACACAGGGCCAAAUUUUCAGGUAUUCUUAGCUAAAACUGAGUAUCUGACUUUAUGGUUGGAUACUCAUCAGUAAUCAGGGAAUUAUGGUUGCUGCCUAUCUACAGAUGUACCUAGGUCUGAAAUGUUAGUCUUUGAGGACAAAAAAAAAAAGUGGCUUCAUACGUAGAAGUACUUCAUAUCUAAAGAGAGAGCUCUCAAAUCCUUAAAGCAGACUUUGGGCACUGUAAGUGAUGGCACAGUUGUGAUUUUGCCAUUUGGAAACAGUGGAAGCUUUGCAACCUCAGCCAGUGAAAUGCUUGUGCUACAGCAAAGUCACCAGUAGGAGCGUUUACACAGCCAGGAGUCCAGUAUGUAUGCAUAGUGAGCAGCAUUUAACCUCACAUAUCAAUGAUGAAGACUACUGUAUAUGCAUAUUUUUAGAGUGUGCCAUAUUACUUCCUAUUUUUAUACUGAUCUCCUGAAAUGCAUGGAUAGGGAACUGGAUAUUUAAAUCACUGAGAGAAGGAAAAAAAAAAAAAA